CAAAAGUGAAAUUCUUUUACCCCUUUGGAUUUGCUAUUUUGCCCUGACGCUUUUCACCCCCAAACCGAGAAUCGCAAGGAAAUCUCUUCCAAUUUAGCAAUGUGCGCCAUAGCCAAAAUGGAAGCCAAGUGUGGAAGCUACUGCCACGUGUCGGUAGCAGUGAGCGGUGAUUUUGGGCGAAUUUGGAGCGAUUCUUUGGCAUUGGCGGCGGCCUCGAAUUCGAGGAUUUGUUUCUGCGCUGUGAUCCAAUCACUUCUCUCAUCGAUCUUGAGAUGGGCCGGGCCAAGAUCGAGAUCAAGAAGAUCGAGAAUCGCAGCGCCAGGCAGGUUUGCUUCUCCAAGCGUCGCAUGGGUCUCAUCAAGAAGGCCAGCGAGCUCUCCAUACUCUGUGGCUCCGAGGUUGGGAUCAUCGUCUUCUCGCAGGCUGGCAAAGCCUUCUCUUUCGGGCAUCCCUGCAUCGACUACGUGAUUGACAAGACGCUCAAGCGCCCCGUGCAGAUCAAUUGCGAGAAGAUCGAGAAGAUCCGGCAGCUAGAGAAGCAGUACAACGAAUUGCUCCAGGAGCUGGAGAAUGAGACUGAGAAGCACACCAUCUUGCAAAGGGAGUUCGCGGGAGGAGGGCGUGGAUUGCAGUGGUGGGAGGAAGAUGUGAGUGGCAUGGGAAUCGAAGAGCUCAAGCAGCAUGCCGAGUCGCUGGAAGCCAUGUACAGGGUUGUGAUUGAGCGCGCCAAGUUCUUGCAAAUCCAGGCAUCGCUCGUGUCCUAUCAAUUGCCAUCGCAUUUCUUAGGCGAUCACAACUUCCAGCACGAGCAAACCCAUGAAAUGCAUCAGCUCUCUCUGCUAGUAGCUCCAAUUCCAGAUGAUUUGUGUGAGAAAAGCAAGGAAUUGUAGAUAAGAGGAUUCUAACUUGUGUA